AUCAGCGUUUCAGUUCCCACCAGAAUCCCGCGCCGAUCGGUGUUUUAACCGCGACUAAACAAAUACUUCAUCCGAAACUAUGGCGUAUUCCUGGGACAAUAGAGUCGCGUUUGUCGUCCGAUACCUUUACGAUAUCGACAACAACGGCUACUUAGACGCACACGACUUCCAAUGCCUAGCAUUGCGCACUUGCAUUCUCGAAGGCAAGGGCGACUGCAGCGCCGCCAGGCUGCAGAAGUACGAGCACAUUAUGCUCAGCCUCUGGGAAGAGAUCACGCAGCUGGCUGACUUCGACAAGGUGCCAGACUAUGACGGUAUGAUCACUGUGGAUGAGUUCAAACAAGCAGUAAAGAACAGUUGUAUCGGAAAGAAGUACGAGGAUUUCCCGCAAGCAAUGAAGGCGUUCAUUGAAACUAACUUCAGGAUGUUGGAUAUUAAUGCGGACGGUCUUCUUGGUAUUGAAGAGUUCAGAUACGACUGUGUCCAGAGGAUGGUAGUGGAUGAUAUCAAGGUUAUUGAUGACGCGUUUAAUUCCUUAUUGAAUGAUGACGACAGGCGACGAGGUGGCUUAACUUUAGCGAGAUAUCAAGAGCUUUUCGCGCAAUUCCUUAGCGACCAGAGUGACAACUGCCAGGCGAAUCUACUGUUCGGGCCCUUAGCGCUAUAAGAUUAAUAAUAACAAAUAGUGUCUUAUCCCUAUAUAAUAAAUCUUUUCGUCUUUUUACGCGUGGUAAACUAUCCCACAAAGUCAAAUGCAAUAGUCGGAAAAGGUUGCAAUGGUAGAGGGAUGAGACAACCAAACUUGAUAAGUCUCCACUUUUAACGUUUAAAUGUAAAAUAACAAUAGCAAGCAUUUCUCCCGAUAUCUAGACUAUCUAUAAAUAAAAUUACAUCAUAGAAAAGGUUAAAAAUAAAUAUCACAGCUUCGCGGCUAUCUCAAAAUAGAUAUAACAAGAUGCGCUCUGAUUUAUAUACGCGUUCGAAUUUAAUGCACGGCAUAUUGUAAGAAAUACCGUCACUUUGCUAUUGUAAAAAUAAAUGUUUCCAAAUAAUAAAUAUUAGCUAAGAUAAUACGCUAGAUUAGUUUCAAUGUUUUCUGCGUUUAUUUUUUGUUUUCCGUCCUUUCAAUGUACCUCGUUACAAAUGGAAUGUUGUAUUUGCAAAGUUUUGGUGUUCGUUUAAUAAAAUCGUUUCAGGCGUUAAGUUUAAUAAAAUUGGAUGAAAGCGCAAAAAAAGCAUUUGUAAAUACCUACAGAUUAAGGCGAAUUUACAAGAGAAAUUGUGCUCAAAACAGAAUAUGAAUCUAGUCACGAAUAUUGUAAAUAUGUUGUUAUUGUUUGACAAAUAAAAUUAAGUGUUCUUUUAUA